AUGUCCCCCAUGGCAACUCGCGCCGCCCUCCGGCAAUCACGGUUCCUCAUCCGCAGAACCGCCAUCAGACACAACUCGUCCACCACCGAGGCGGCCAACAAAGCCAAGCAAGCAACUGAGCAGGCUACAUCCAAGGCUUCCGAAGGUCUGUCCAAGGUUUCAUCCAGCGCUGGCCCAGCAAUUGCCGGUGCUGCCCAGAAUGUCGGCAAUGCUUUGCGCAAGGUCGGCGGCCCUGUCGGCAAGGUCGUUACUUUCGUUGAGCGCAUGAUCCCUCCUACCGUUUACUACGCCCGUGUCGGUCUCGAACUCGGAAAGAUCGUCUUCCACGGCCAGAAGAUGGCUCCUCCUAACCUCGCUACCUUCCAAUCAUACUUCCAACCUCUGAUCAACGCUUUCCGCAMCCCUGCCACAAUCAAGAACCUCAAAUUUUCCCCACAGAGCCUGAUCGGCCGCGCACGAAACCUCAGCACCAAGGAAUGGGCCUUAGUCGGUGUCACCACAGCAGAGGUUAUCGGAUUCUUCACCGUUGGUGAAAUCAUUGGCCGUCGUCAGAUCGUUGGAUACCAGGGAGAGCCUGCGCACGCCCAUGGUCAUUAG